AUGUACGGCGCGCUGCUGCUACCGCUUGCCGCCAUGCACGGUGACAAAUUCAAGAUGCUGGAGAUCGGAUUGGGAUGCUCGAUGGAGUACGGCCCGGGCGCUUCGGCUCGGUUGUGGCGAAGCCUCUUACCCACUGCAGAGAUCUGGUUUGCGGAGUCAAAUGGCCUGUGCGUGAAUAAAGCCAGGGCCGAGGGCAAGCUGGAUGGACUGCACACGAUGAUAGGGAGCCAGAGCGACCCGGAAACGCUGCGCCGCUGGGUGCACCAGAGCGGCGGCGGGUUCCAUGCGAUCAUUGACGACGGCAGUCACUCCAACCGCGACAUCUUGCUCACUCUCCGCAUCCUCUGGCCGGCGCUGCGCGAUGGCGGCCUCUAUUUUAUCGAGGAUCUCCACGCAGCCGUGAUCGCCAAGUGCUCGGCCGAGGACCCGGCCGACGUCUGUUACGACGUUGGCGAGCAGCCCGAGUGGUGGGGCGCGCUGUUGGCCGACCUGCGCGAUGGCAAGGAUUACCCCAAACUCGGCAUCCAGCGGCUGCAACAAAAGCGAAAGCAGGCGACAGGGGCCGCUUUUGGGUGA